UUGCCCAGAAUCAGGAACUAAAUCUCUCUACCAACUACAAGGUGAAUUAUGCUGACUGCCUUCAGAGCCGCCAGACGUUCCCUCAGAUAUCUCAUGAGGAUCUCUCACCAUGCCUCGGACUCAGUAGAAGUUGGAGUAUUUACAGAAGCGUGUGUUCUGUAAUGGAGCAGUCACAUAAUUUAAAUUCUCUGAGUCCCGCUGAGUUGAGGCUGUUGAUCAGACAGGAAGAUCCCAGAAUAAGCACCACGAAUGGAUUAGCCAACGGAUACCAGCAGGCUGGGGUCGUCAUCCUGCCCAAUCAUCUGGCCAAUGACUUUGAGGCGUUCUGUCGCAGAAAUCCUGCCCCCUUGCCACUCCUUUAUCGCAGCCAAUCAGGAGAGACUUCCUGUCCACCUCUUGCUAGACAUGCUGACAUAAGGACAGACAUUUCUAAGUACUGUGUGUAUGAAGAGGGCUGCCUGGUGAAAACGGUCUCCAGUCUGCAGAGUUACAGCACUCAACCAAGGACUUCAUCAGAGCAGCAGGCUGCACAUCAUGGCCCAUGGUCAGACAUGGUGUGUUUCUAUCUGGGCUGCAGUUUUGGCUUUGAGGGCCAACUGAAGAAAGUUGGAGUCCCCAUCAGAAACGAGGAGCAGGGCACAACCGUCAGCAUGUAUCGGACUGCAGUUCCCUGUAUUCCUGCAGGAGUGUUCAGCUGUCCUCUAGUGGUCACUAUGCGUCCUGUUCCAGCUGCUAAGCUGGAUGCAGCAGUGGAGGUCACUCACCUCAACCCUCUAGCACAUGGAGCUCCUGUACACAUAGGAGACCCAGCUGUCUUAGGCAUACAGGACCUGUCCAGACCAGACUAUGGGGGGCGAGUAGAGCUGCAGCCCGGUGAUAUCCCUGUGUUCUGGGCCUGUGGAGUGACUGCUAUAGAAGCAAUACUCAGCAGCAAGCCCUCUCUGGCCUUCAGUCACUCACCAGGCUGUAUGUUCCUGACUGACAUCCCAGACUCGUCCUCUUCCUCCUCAAUACCUCCACCCUCUGAGAGCGGACACUCUCCCUCCACAGAUCCCAGUCUAGAACUGAUCCCCCUCUGCUUUCUGGUAUCCCACAAUCCCUUGUUGUACAGUUUGGCAUCUCAGAGGGCAGUGGCAAAGAUCAGACAGCUGGAGACGAUUAUUGGAGAGGACCCAGGUCAACGAGGGAUCAGAGCUUUAUUUGUUCAGGAUGAACUCCUGCGUUCCUGCCUGGCACUCUCCCAAGCAUGCUCUGUUGCCAUAACAACCGGCUUUCCAACACACAUCAUGCACAGCCCCCCUGAGGAGACUGACGGCCCACCUGGUGCCAUUGCCAUGGCAACCAUGCUGCUGUCGCUGGGGAAACAGGUGACAAUGGUGACGGACAGGAGAGCCCUGGAGAUGAACCAGGCCAUCAUUGAUGAAGCUGUGAAGACAGGUGUGCUGAAAACUGCAAUCCCAUUGGUUGCAUUUGAAGACGGCGGCCCAGACUCUGCACUACACUUCUUGUGUCACCAUGGAGACCCCAGCAAGCCCAGGUACGACCACCUUGUGGCGAUAGAGCGCAGUGGACGUGCUGCAGAUGGAAAUUACUACAACAUGAGAGGAAUAAACGUCAAACAUCUGUUGGAUCCCAUUGAUGACUUGUUUAUCGCUGCCAAAGAUAUACCAGGAAUUAUCACCACAGGAGUGGGUGAUGGUGGUAAUGAGUUGGGGAUGGGUAAACUGAAACAAAAGGUGGCGACUCUGAUGCCCAAAGGGAGUCUCAUAGCCUGUGUUGUUCCCGCUGACUACGCCAUCACUGCAGGGGUGUCUAACUGGGGAGGAUAUGCUGUGGCCUGUGGGCUCUACCUGCUCCACACCUGCUCCUCCCACCAGAGAUACAGAAACAAAGGACUGGGUUUGGAACGCACAAUCCCCCCAGAACAGCUCCAGGACUGGACUGCUAACCUGCCAUCUGUGGACAAGGAGGAGUCUAUCCUUUCCACUCUGGUGCGUUUUGGGAUAAGAAGCGGGAAGACUGGUAACCUGGCCAUGGAGGUGGAUGGUUUGACCUUUCACCCCACACACUCUGACAUCAUCACCAGACUACUGGAAGUCACACUAGGCUGCACCACUCCGGACCAAUGAUCACCUCCUCCUGUUUAUUCUCAGCAAUAGUUUUAAAAGAGGUGUAGUUCAAAAAGUGAAUUUUGACUGUGUGAGAUUAUAAGAGUAAUAACAUGAUCUUGAUACAAGUAGCUGUGAACGCUCGUUACGUUCAGGGCCAUGUGUGGGAAAUGAACGUUUUAGAUUAGUAAUCAAUGUAUUGAUUUGGUGGUGCCUGAUGUUGUGAGGUAGUCUGAAUGAGAGUCAGCGGUGCUGAGGACGGCCUGAGGCCAUGAGCAUGCUGUUCACCUGAUGAUACUGUAUAUAAGUCAAGGCACUGAAGUUGUGUUUCCUCUCUAUUCAGAUUGCCAAAAGGAAGCGAGAGGGAAAAACAAGUGAAUGAAAGGAGAGCUGUGUGUGUGAAUUUUGGGGUUGCCGGGUUACCUUUCAGGUCUCUUCCUUGACUACCGGUGACAAAGUAAAGUAAGCUCAAGUAAUCUGCUCUCUGCUAUUUCAGUAAUGAAUGAAUGAAUGAAAGAAUCAGAGCUCUGACAUUAUUUUGAUGCCCUGAAGAAUAACAGUGUUUUAAAAUGCCCUCGCAAUGGUAUAGAUGAUUCAUUGUGUUGUUACUGACCGUAAGUAGAAAGUGAUGUGUGAACAACUGCGAUGUUAAAACGGAUCUUUAGCACAGAACCACUAGACGUUUUGUCCCUUAAAUGGGCUGUGAUUUUGCGUUUGACACAAGUGUCACUUUGAACACAGGUAUAUACAGUUAUUAGCAUGCACACGGCUGACUCAAGUCAAAACACAUGUUAAAGCUGCAGUUGGUAACUUUAAUGAAAAUAACUUUUUGUCAUAUUUGCUCAAAUUGUCACUAUAUCCUGACUGUAGUGCAUUCAGCUUCCUCUGUGUCCUCCUAGUGCUCCUAAUGGCUUUUGCAAAAUGCCCAAAGGAAAACAACCAAUCAGAGCCGAGGAGUCUCUAACCACCGGGCCACACUGGGAACGUGGCGGCUGCCUCGUUGAACUUCUGCGUCUCUCACGCGUGUGGUGUCCACACCAACAGCGUUUUCAGUUUGCCUUUCAUAAUGGCCAUUUCAUUUCAUUAGAAAUGUAAUUUAUAUUUAUUUUAGACAGAAAAAGGUUAAGAAGCCUGUGCUCAUUUGUAAUAAUCCCCAAUUAAAAGCCGGUACCAUUCACUUGUGGAGCCGUGCAAGUCACUGUAUUUUCUACAACACUGUCCUGCAAAUAUUUCACUAUUGAGAUAAAAAUAAAUAUGAACUUUUUUUUCAUGUCCGCGACUUAUUCUACAGAUAUUUACAUUGAAACUGUAGUAAUGUCCUGGUAUGAUAUCAAUAUACAGUCAAUAGAUCAUUUUUAUAGUCUAUUUUUGCACGCGGAAAAAAUUAGGCGAGACGUCAAAUCUCUAGAAGAGACGCAGAUGACGCACAGCCGAGCCGAGCUGCUCACGCUGUGUGGCUGCUCUGACCUGUUAACAUGGAUGCCAAAAUAAAAAGCAAGAGGUUCCGCGACGCACACACGCUGCUCGCGUUCCCAGUGUGGCUCGGCCGUAACACAGCUGUCAAUCACUGCUUGUAAAUUCUGAUCAAACUGUCAAACUACGCAGUGCUAAUCACAUGUGAAUCAAGAUUCUGUCGCCUAUUUUCUUGCCUCAAAUAUUUUCAGAAACAUAUUUUGGUUGUGACCCGGCCUCCAUGUUGAAAACAUGUACACAGUCCACUAUGUUUCUGAAAACAUCUGAGGAGAGAAAAUAGGCAUUACAGUAACAGAAUAUUGAUUCAUAUGUGAUCAGCGCUGCCUAGUUUGACCGUUUGAGUUUGUGAGUGAUUGACAGCCGCUCAGAGACUCCUCGGCUCUGAUUGGUUGUAUUUUCUUCAGACGCAGUGGAAUCUUGCAAAUGACAUUAGGAGCACUAAGAGGACACAGAGGAAGCUGAUUUUUUCACAGAUUAUGUGUCUCAUGUACUACUGUCAGAAUAUAGUGACAGUUUGAGUAAACAUGACAAAAAGUUAUUUUUAUUAAAGUUACCAAAUGCAGCUUUAAGGCAUAUUUCAGAUCCACUAAUGAUGUAGAGGUCCUUUGGGAUGCAGAGAUAGAUGAACUGAACACAUUCCACAGACUGCUUAACAAGCUGGAUCCUAACUUAAACUUCACAUUAUUAUGUGACCUUGAUCUUCAGAUGUAUAAAUCUGACAAUGGAAUAUGCGUGCAAACGCAAAAGAGAGAAACACUCUGGAGGCACACUAGUGUUUUGGCAUGUCACUAUAGCAUGACACCACUUUAUGUUGUUUUCAUUACUUGGACUAGUGUAAGGUACCCAGAUAUAUCUAUUUACUGCAUUAUAAGCAGUAAAUGUAUAAUGCAAUCGGCAGAAACACUGAACAAUGCGUAUUUGGCAAAUGUGUCAGUUUUAAACAAACAUCAUUCCAUGAAGUACAGUGAUGAUGUUUUUUUGUUCUUACAUAUUGAUUUGCUUCUCAUCAACACUCCACUUUGACAAAUGACUGUUUAUGUAGUCAGACAUUCAGUCAGUGUUGCACAUUGUUGUAAUAUAUUGCUGGAAUUGAAUCUUUAAUUUAAAUGUUAUUGUCAGAAAAAUAUGUUUUAAUGCAUUUUAUUUGAAUUAUUUUUGUAUUAUGAUGUAAUUUAAAUAAAAUAAUAUACCACUAAUCUGAAGUUUGGGGUCCCCUGCUG